AUUUUUCAUGUUUGGAGAACUUGAAAAUAUAACCAUUGGAAGAGAAUGGAGUUUCUAGGUGUCCUUUUUAUGGUAUUACUUGGAAGUAGCAUCAAAGCCUAUGGUGCAAUUUGUCAAGUUUCUUGGAGAGAAAUCACAAAAAUCAAUAUUCAAGGACCAUGUAUUGGUAUAGUUGUGCCAAAUGCAUUUGAGCUAAACCCUCUUCUUCAAUCAUCAAGCUUUGUGCCACAUAACAAGUUUCCUUACUUUGAUUUUGCUGGAAGACAUUUUCGCAUUGGCAAAUUGGAAAAGAAAAAGGUUAUUGUUGUUAUGAGUGGAUUGAGUAUGCUAAAUGCUGGUCUUGCCACCCAAUUGUUGUUUUCUUUGUUCAAUGUAGAAGGAGUUCUUCAUUAUGGAAUUGCAGGUAAUGCAAAUUCUAAUUUUCAGAUUGGAGAUGUGACUAUUCCACAAUAUUGGGCUCACACUGGACUUUGGCAUUGGCAGAGAUUUGGAGAUAGUCUUGAAGAUGAAGAGAGUGGAGAUUUCAGCAGAGAAUUUGGUUAUCUUAAGUUUUCAAAUUACAAUAAUUACACAAAACAUUCAAAAUCAGUGGAAAAUCAAAAUGUUUUGAACAAGGUUUGGUAUCAACCAGAGGAAAUUUAUCCUGUGGAUGGAACACCUGAAGUUGAGCAGCUUGCUUUUUGGGUUCCAGUGGAUAAGACAUACUUUGAAAUAGCAAGAAAGGGCAAGAAUGUUGAAUUGGGAAGUUGUGUUAACAAAACUUGUUUGCCAAGAAAGCCAAUUGUAGUGAGAGUAAAGAAAGGAGUAAGUGCUAAUGUGUUUGUUGACAACAAAGCUUAUAGAGAUUUUUUGAACUCCAAAUUUGAUGUCACUCCAACUGACAUGGAAAGUGCUGCUGUUGCAUUAGUUUGCUUGCAACACAAGAAACCAUUCAUUGCCAUUAGAGCUCUGUCUGAUUUAGCUGGAGGAGGUUCUUCAUUGACCAAUGAAGUUUCUACCUUUUUAACAUUAGCCUCACAAAAUGCUUUUGAUGUUCUAGUCAAAUUCAUCUCCUUAUUAUAAUUUGGUAGCUUUAAUGUCUUAAUCUCAAAGUGUGUAAAUAUGGGAGAAAGAAAUAAUGUGUUUCAAGUUGUCUCUUAUAUUAUGUAUAUGUACUCAAAAUUGAAAAGCAAAAUGAAAUCUACUUAUUUAUUGCUUGUGAAAUGCAAA